AUGGCGGACACGAGUGCAGCAUUUCUCGGCAACAUCGCCACGCUCCGUGACAAAGUCGCCCUCGUCACCGGCGGCUCGAGCGGUCUAGGCCGCGCCAUCUGCCAGGCCUACGCCGCCGCGGGCGCGUACGUGGUCAGCGCCGACUUGAGCCCCGACGUGCCGAGCCAGUCGGUCGUCCAGCAAAAGAUCGGAAAGGACAGUGAUCUGGUCACGCCGACGGUGGAGCUGAUCAAUAAGAAGUGGCCGGCUCCUGAUCCUCGGACAAAGGACUCCUUGAGUGUGCACGACAAAAGCAACACCCAUGCGGUCGAGACCGUCCAGAGGGCCAUGUUCGUCCAGUGUGAUGUUGGUCAGGAGGACCAUGUCCGACGUGCCGUCCAGGCUUGUGUGGAGAGGUAUGGGAGGUUAGAUGUCAUGGUCAACAAUGCCGGCAUCUCCGCCGAAACCACAACCCAAACCUACACGGGCGCCUCCACCCGCACGCACGAAACGGACGUGUCCAUCCUCGACCGCACCCUCGCCAUCAACGUCCGAGGCGUCUGGCUGGGCACGAAACACGCCGUCCAACAAUUCCUGACCCAAAAGCCACACCCACUUUGGGGGCAAUCGCCGUGGAACACCAGCAACGCGUCAGAAGCGUCCCAGCUGUCCGAUACCAAUCCUUCCGCGAACAACCUGUCCGGGAACCCCUCAGAGACGUCCGAAAUCCACCGCGGCUGGAUCAUCAACAUCGCCUCCAUCCUUUCCAGCGUCGGCCUCGCCGGCUCCACGACCUACUGCGCGAGCAAAGGCGCCGUCCUCCAACUCACCCGCUCGACGGCACUCGAGUACGCCGCGGACGGCAUCCACAUCAACGCCAUCCAGCCCGGUUUCGUCGACACCCACAUCCUCGAGAGCAUGUACCAAAACGUCCCCGGUAUCGACCAAACCCUCAAAACCUUGCACCCCUGGGGCAGGACCGGGCGGCCCGAGGAGAUUGCACGUAUGGCCGUCUAUCUGGCCGGAGAAGGCGCCAGUUGGGUCACGGGGAGCAGUAUGGUUGUCGAUGGUGGUUAUUUGGCGCAGUAA